AUGAGUGAAAUAACACAAAAACCAGAAUUAAUAAAAUAUUUAUCAAUUAUACAUCAUUUAGGAGCAGCACAUAUAGAAACUAUAAAUGGAUUUUUACAAAAACCAUCAUAUAUUGGUUUAAGUCCACCCAUUACAUUAUUACCAUCAGGGUCGGAUCAAAAGUUAAACAAUGAUACAUUAUACCAAAUUGCAACAGUUUUAGAGAGAAUGGAUGAUACACAAUUCGAUGAUGUUAUAUUUUAUUUAACCAAACAACUUAGACAACCAUUGGACCCUGAUGAACAUCGCCGUCUAUCAGAGAUAUCUUUAACAUUGAAGGUAUCGCCAGACUAUUUAAGUUCAAUUGGUAGAAUCUAUCAAUCAUUUCAAUUAUUCGAGCUAUUAACUUGCCACUGUACAGAAGAACAUAUCAAUAAAUUAAAGAAUGCCUUGACCUCGGUAUUCCCAUUGCCAAUGGAGUCCACCGAGGACCAGGAUGUUUUAAAUCAAUUGGUGACACCAUCAAAACAAAAGAAUUAUUUAUCAAUUUUAGAGAAACUAAAACAAUUGUUCAUACGUACUCGUAUCGACUCAAUAUUACACAUUCAAAGUGAAAUGAUGGAAUAUCAACAAAAUCCAUUAGGUAAACAAUCAAUCACUCAACAACAUAUAUGUGACACUUUGGAUAUUAAAUCUGACGAAUAUUAUUUAGCCACUUGUUUAAAAGAGUUAUUAUUAACUGAUGAAUUUACUCUCACUUCACUCGCUGAUACAUUUCCAAAACUUCAACCAUUACAAUUACUUCAACUCUCAUUAUUACCAUUUAAAAAUAUUUAUGAAAUUUUAGAUUUACGUUUAAAUUUUGUAAAUCUUUCUUCAACUUAUCAAAUUUAUGCACCAUUACCAAAUGAUUUAGAAUUUAAUUAUCAAUUACCAAAUCCAAAUAAAUUGGAAGUUAGAAUUGUUGAACAACCACCAGAAAAAGCAAUUUAUAAAAGAAAUGUUAAACCAGCACCAUCAGUUGUUUUUGAUGGUGAUUCAAAAUUAUUAAAUGGAAAUUAUUAUGUACAUGUAGCAUUAUUAAGAUGUACUGAUUUUAUUGAAGAACCAACAUUUUUAAAUGGUGCAAGUAAACCAUUUAAAAUUGGAUGUGGUAAAGUUGUUACAUUUAAGAAAUUAAAGAUUUUAGUUACAAGUCAUCAACAAGGUGAAACAUUAUUUUGUUUUAGAUUUGAUCUACGUUGCUAUGCAUCAGAUCCAGAAACCAAUCCAACUGAUUUCACAGUGGUUUCAUCAGUACAAACCAAUCCAAUUAGUGUUUUAUCACAUUCAACUCAAUUAAAGAGUACUGCCAUAGCUGAUUUACCAAAGGUUACAGAGAUUUUCCCAUUGAAUGGUCCAGCCACUGGUGGAACAAGAAUUGCAUUGUUGGGUUCAAAUUUUGCUGAUACACCUGCCACUCGUAUCAAGUUUGGUAAUACAGAGGUUGUACCAGAGUUUUAUAGUAAUGGUACCUUGUUAUGCUAUGCACCAGAACAUGCACCAGGACCCGUUGAAGUGAAAGUAAGUAAUAGUGCAAACUCUUGGAGUGUCACAAUGUGCACCUUCACCUACGACAAUGUAGCCACCAUUGAUAAUGGUGAUUCAGCUACCCAACAAACCAAUGAUUUACUAUUACCAAAGAGUUUGUUUGGUUUGGAUUUCUCAAAGACGUUCGAUUCAUCAUUUAUCAUUAAAGGAUUGGAUAGUGCAUCCAAUAAUUUACCAUCAAAUAGUGGUGCUCAUCGUAGUUUUAGUACACAACAUCAACAACAAUCAAGAUCUGUAAAUCAAUUGAAUCACAAUGGUUAUGCUCCAAUUCAUUAUGCUUGUACCUAUGGCAAUCAAGUACUCUUGGAGAAAAUAUUAUCUUUACCAUUGUCAUCAAUCAAUUGUAUCGAUAAACAUGGUAACACUGGUCUUCACUAUGCUGUAAUCUUUGGUCAUUUCCAAUUGGUUCAAUGGAUGCUUCGUGUUGGUGGUGCUUCACCAAAUAUUCAAAAUUUCAUUGGUCAAACUCCACUUCAUUUAAUCUCUACUAUUGCAAACAACCACCACAACAACGAAAAAUGUACAUUAUUUAUUGCAAGAGAAUUGGUUAAAUUUGGUGCCAAUGUAAACAUUGGUGACAUUGAUAGUGUUACACCACUUCAUUAUUCUGCUGCUUUUGGAAAGUCUCAAAUCCUUUCUUUCCUUCUCAAUGAAUGUGCUGUUGAUUUAUAUUGUAGAGAUGAUUCUAAUGAAACUGCCCUUCAUUAUGCCACUAGAGAACAACAUUUAAAUUGUAUAGAAAUUUUAUUAUCACAUGCUUUCAAUAAGGAGAGUGAUUCAACAACAACAACAUCAACAACAAAUGAAUAUGAUAAUAUUUUACAUUAUUUAUCAUCAAGUAAACGUUAUAAUUUUAAUCACAAUGAUCAUGAAGAUAACGUUCCUCAAGAUGAUGAAGACUUUGAUGAAGAUGAUGAAAAUAGUAAUGAACCAUUUCAUUUAUUAAAAAAUGAAGAUGGUGAAACAUCAUUCCAUCUCUCUUUACUAAAUAAUUUAAAUAACUCUAUAAAUAACUCUAAUAAUAACAAAAUCAUUGAUACCUUUUUAAAAUAUAAUUCAAAAUUCCAAGAUAAAAUUAAUAAUUCAAAAAAUUUAAACAAAACAGAACAAUCUUUAAAUAAUAAUCAUAAUAAUAAUAAUAGCUCAAUUCUAAAAAUAAUAUCAACUUUUAAUCAUAUUCAUAAUAAUAAUAAUAAUAAUAAUAAUAAUAAUAAUAAUAAUAAUAAUAGUAAUAAUAAUUUACUUCAAGUAAAUAUAUGA